GCCCAGACCAUAAAGUCAAGUGGCAACCAAAAACUUCAAAAAAAUAGAACCCAAAAGAACACAACAAAAAAUACAAAACGAAAGAAGAAAUUGAAGUGAACUGUGAGACGUGCGGGAGUAAAGUGCGAAUGGUAACGGUAAUUUGCAGACAUUAGUUGCCACACGAACACACACACACACACACACAUAGUGAUUAAAUGCUCUAAAAGAGAACGAGGAAGCUGAAGUGUCACUGGGACUGAACAUUACGCAUACGCAGCGUAUGCCCCAGGUUAAAUGUUGAAAUUUAAAACCUUAACGAGCUGCCAAAGUGAUGCUGCUGCUGUUGGUCGUUUAGAAUUCUGCUUUGGAGAUACGAGUGGGCAAGGACCUUUUCGUAUGCGAGGCACGCAGUUGAUUUUGUGUGUGUGAUGGCGAUACGGCUCUAUGAUUGUGAUAUUAGCCUUAUUCCGGCUACACCAGCGUCCAACAAUUGAACAGGAAAUCUAAUAGAGAACUGUGAACAGAGGUAGUAAGCCAUGAGCCAGCUACAAAUGCAACAGCAACAGCAACAGCAGCAACAUCGCCGUGGACACCGUCACCAUCGUCGCCGCCAGCCCCCAGAGCCAUGCGAGUGUUUGCGUCCUGUGAUAAGGGUUUUUGGUCUGCUGACUUCAUUCGUUAUCUGCGGUGUGGGCGUCGAUGUAUAUAUGCAUGGCUUCCAGGCGGGACUCUAUAUACUUUUUUCAGCUCUUCUGGUGAUGUUCAUCGAGGUCAAGUGGCUGGUUACGCUAUUCCUGCAGCUCCAAUGUUCCGAGGAAAACUAUCAGAGGAGCUUGAGAGGGUCCUGCGGCUGCUUGGGCUGCUGGCGCGUGUCGUGCGCCUUCUGCGGCGGUUGGCGACCCACGCCCAUCUAUGCGAUUAUUGGCAUCUGCCUGAUACUCUAUCCGCAUAAUCUGUGGCUCAGCUAUGUGGCUGGCAUGUUCCUGCUGCUGCUCGGCCUCCUGCGACUCUGCACUCUGCUCCGAUUCAGUCCUGCCAAAGACGAAGGCCUCCUGCCGCAAUGCGACUUUGAAAAGGUGUCCAGUUUUUUGGAUAAUAUGGAGGAUGACUUUGCGGAGGUUAGUGCCUCGCAAACAGUCUUGGACCAGGAGGACGAUGAAGACGACGGCGACGAGGAACCCACCAUUGACGAUGAUGUUUGCUAAUAGUUAAGAAGUUAUGAAAUUAAUGCUUAAGUUUCACUAUUCUAAUUCAUUUAUGAGAAUGGGAAACCAUUAGCAUUA